AGGAUGUGAGCUCACUCCGCCUCUCGGCUCCCGGCACCACCAGGAAGCGUCCACCGAGGUCGCGGCCCGCUCGCUGCCAACGGGCCGGCUGCGGGGUCAGCAGCGCGCCGAGCCCGAGCCCGAGCCGCGCCCCCGUUCCCGCCGGCGCCACACGCAGGAACCGCCUUUGGAACCGGUAUGGAGUGAAGGCGGGCGGCGGCGCGGCCCCAGCAGCGCCGCGCUCGUGGACCCCGCGCAGCCCAGGGCGGCGGGCCGCGGCGGCGAGGGGUGUGCACGCCACGCCCCCGCGCUUCCGCCGGCCACGUGACCGCGCGCACGUGCUCCAGCGCCUCGGCGCCGCGGGUCGCUCCCUCGGCCGGGCUGCCCCCAGCCGCGGCCCCCCCGAGGCGACGCGGGCCGGGCGGCGAGGACGGUAGACCCUGGGAGCGGCGGAGACUCGGCGCCUGCCGAGCGGAGCGGAGCCGCCGUCCCGGGUGGGCCAGCAGUGGCCUCGCCAUGAACCCCAGGGGCCUGUUCCAGGACUUCAACCCGAGUAAGUUCUUGAUCUACGCCUGCCUGCUGCUCUUCUCGGUGCUGCUGCCCCUGCGCCUGGACGGCAUCAUCCAGUGGAGCUACUGGGCCGUCUUCGCCCCGAUAUGGCUGUGGAAGCUCCUUGUCAUUGCAGGCGCCUCCGUGGGUGCGGGCGUUUGGGCCCGAAACCCUCGCUACCGCACCGAGGGGGAGACCUGCGUGGAGUUCAAAGCCAUGCUGAUCGCCGUGGGCAUCCACCUGCUGCUGCUCAUGUUCGAAGUCCUGGUCUGCGACAGGGUGGAGAGGGGGACCCACUUCUGGCUGCUGGUCUUCAUGCCACUCUUCUUCGUCUCCCCCGUGUCCGUGGCUGCCUGCGUGUGGGGCUUCCGACACGAUCGGUCCCUGGAGCUGGAGAUCCUGUGCUCCGUCAACAUCCUGCAGUUCAUCUUCAUCGCCCUGCGGCUGGACAGGAUCAUCCACUGGCCGUGGCUGGUGGUGUUCGUGCCCCUCUGGAUCCUCAUGUCGUUCCUCUGCCUGGUCGUCCUCUAUUACAUCGUCUGGUCCCUCCUGUUCCUUCGGUCCCUGGAUGUGGUUGCCGAGCAGCGAAGAACACACGUGACCAUGGCCAUUAGCUGGAUCACCAUUGUCGUGCCCCUGCUCACUUUCGAGGUCCUGCUGGUUCACAGAUUGGACGGCCACAAUACGUUCUCUUACAUCUCCAUAUUCGUCCCCCUUUGGCUUUCAUUAAUAACUUUAAUGGCCACGACCUUUAGGCGAAAGGGGGGCAACCAUUGGUGGUUUGGUAUUCGCAGAGAUUUCUGUCAGUUUCUGCUUGAAAUUUUCCCAUUUUUGAGAGAAUAUGGGAACAUUUCAUAUGAUCUACAUCAUGAAGAUAGUGAAGACGCUGAAGAAACAUCGGUCCCAGAUGCUCCUAAAAUUGCUCCAAUAUUUGGGAAGAAAGCCAGGAACUGAAAACAGGCUCCAAACGCCGUCAUCUCAUGCCUUGGAGAUUGAUGCCUGUCAGUGACUCAUCAGUGUAUGCCAUAGGUAGGGGGUUAUUUGAAAUGUGGUGAUGUGUGUGGUGUGUGACAUGUGAGAAAACUUGCUUCCCAGAUUGGUGCUUCAAGAGCUAACGGGGAGCAGUAAGUUAAAUUGUUAUAGUAGGUCCUCAAAUGGAAUAAUUACACAGCUAAGGCUUUUUUAAAGUGGUACUACACAUAUCAAAAGUAUUGUUAUAAAAAGUAUUUUUAUACACUGCUAGCCUAAAAUUGUAUUUCAGAUUGUGCCUGUUGCGACAAAAUUGAAAGCAAAUGUAAAGACUUCUGUCUCCCUUUACCUGUUUAUAAACCUCACGGUUGUUAUUUUUAGUGUUCCUACUGUUAAAAUGGUUUUUCUUUGGGCUUUACUGAUACUAGUCUUUGAUAGCCUACUAGAUGAAAUAUUUUAAUGCAGUGAGUCCAUGCAUAUAUGAUAUUUAUAUGACUAUUUUAACACUGUAAUAUGUUGAAUUCUAGUUCUGUGCAGUACAACGUUUUAUGUUCAAGUAUUUUUUAAGUUUAUAUUUGAAGAUACAUGUCUAUUGUGAUAUUCUUCAAGAUUGCUUAAACCAUUCAUAUGUACCCAGUGUAGGAUCUGUCAAAGUACAGGCAUGAAUAUAGGGGUUUAAAAUCCCAAGGACCUUAAUACUCAGGUGUUAGGUGACCCAGUCUGCACAGUUUUACAUUCUCUCUUAGAAGAAGGAGCCACCAUCCUUUGGGAACAAGUGACAUGCUCCAGUGUGGUACCAGAUCAUAAAGUGACACUUAAUCAGCACCUUGAAUUUUCCCACACAGGUUGUCACAACUGUUCAGAAACACCUGAAGAAAGCAAGUGGUUGGUCCAUUUCUAGGAAUUUUACAGUAUUCAUUGACCAUAAUGUAAAGUAUUGCUUGUCAUUGGAAGCUUAAGACAGUGACUUUAGCCAGAAAUGGCCAACAGGAUCACAGUAUUAUUUUAAGGUCCAAAUUUUUUUAUCUAUCAGCAACAGAGAAAUAAUUUUUCCGGUGUAAAGAAAGCAUAAUAUUUAAGUACUGGUGAUGUACCAGAGAAUCAGAAGGCAGAAGCUAGAUCCUGGGAGAGUAAUGUUCUUCUGACUGAGAACAAGUAAAUACUUUCAGAAGGAGGUUAACGGAAAAAUGAGUAUUGAUAAUAUUACUGGGGAGAAAACUGGAGGAAAUUCCUUUUUAUUAGCAACUUGGUGAAAAUCUAAAUUGUGCUUCCUGUGAAUUACGUAAAUAAGUUACCCGGUGAGGGGACAUGCUCGCUACAAAAGCCGACCCCGGGACCCUGGCACCUGAAAGCCUGAGGUGCCGCAGCUCAGUUUGGUCAGUGAGGCCUGAGCCAAGGUCACCAGCGUGCACACGCGGUCCGUCCACACCAGCUGUCGAUGUGGGAAGCAGGCCUGGACAGCGGUGGAUCUAACAUUUCGUAAGCAAGGAUUCAUUCAUUCCUUGUUUCAAAUAUUCAUUGAGGACCUACCUACCUACUCUGAGCCUCCCUACUCUGGUGUUGGGAAGUGCAGAUACAGUGGAGAGCAAUUCAAACCUGGCUGCCACAUGCACAAAGAAUACAAUUGAAAGUGACAAGAAGGUAGGGCCGACCUGUGGGAGGGAACAGGCCAAGAGCAGGGCAUGCAAAACGCACGGAAGGAUGCUGCUGCCCUUGGGGUGAUCUUCACCUGGAACUUCAGUCCCAUCUCUGUUGUCCGGACCCCACUGUCCCCUGAUUGACCUUCAUCCCCAAGUAAUAUCUCCGACAUGGACCUCAGUAAGGUCGAGGAGUGGAGGAGCCGGUUUCCGGAGGGAUCGAAGGGCAGACUUGGGGGCAACAGUGGGAUUCCUAGUCCCUCCUGGCCACAGUGUCAGGCCAGGGGCUGGUUGGGAUCUAGAACAAUCUCUCCUGACCUGACCUGCCUUACCUGCUCUACCCCAAGGUGGCUUCGUGUUGGAGAGCCUGUGCCUGAGGGUAAUUGCAGGCUUUCUCACGCAGCUGGGUCGUCCCGGGUCAGGCCUCUUUCCGGCCUCAGGACCAUUAAGUAACCUGGGAGUGAUGCUUGUAGAAAGCUGUUUAGUCUGCAUAUUAACAGUCUCAGCUGUGCCUGGGGAUUUACCUAAUUGCCAUGUACCUCUGACCACAGUGUUUAGCAUGUGUCAGAUUCUGUAACUGGUUUCUCCUGUACUAGUUGUAUUUGUAUUAUUAUGACUAUGUUUUAGUCAUAUUUUGCGGAAAAAUAUCCUCAGAAAUCUCAGUGGCCCGCAGUGACAAACUCUCACCCUCAGGGCUACCGGUCGCUGCAGCAGUUGGGCUGCAGGCUGUGGGUCUGACGAGGCCUCCACAGGCAUCCCUUUUUCUGGUCUGGGUCCCAGGCAAAGGAGGAGCAUUCCUUGGGGCAUGUUCUCUCUCAGCAGAAGCACAAGAGGCCUAGCCAAAUCCUGCAAGCAAAAAUGUAGCCCCUGCUCACAGUGAUGUGUGUCGAGUGUGCAUGCUUUGUUGGCCACAGCACAAGGCCAAGGCCAACCUCCGUGGAGUGGGCCAGUACACACCCAAGGAAUAGUAACAUAGUCGGCACAGAUGUUGCAAGAUAGUUUUAAAGAUGGAAGAGAACAUUUGUGGACGGUUAUGAAUGACUUUUCCCCUCUGUUUUACAAGCAUUCUUUAAUUUUGGAAGUUAAUUGUUUCGUACUGUAAUAAUCAUUAGAAGAGUAGCUGUGAGGCACGGGGGUAGGUUUGAAGUGAGAUAAGGAAGACCCUGCAUUCAGACCCCUUUGUAGACUGGACGGGUACAGGGGGCACCGCACCAGAGUGUCAUGACGGUGCUGUACCCGGGGCUUGCAGGGUGCCUUAGAAAGGGCAAGUGUGGGCACAAGGACACCAGCUGGGCAGAGUCGCCCUGGGAAACUAGGAAGAAGCAGUCUGGACAGGCCGGGCAGCACCCUAAAUGAGGAAGGGGAAGCCUUCUCAGCCAGCCCUCCCCAGGGGUCUGGACGGCAUACAACAGGCCCAGCUUAAGUAAACUGUCGGGAUCCAUGUGGCUCAGACUGAGAGGAAUUCUGGGAUCCUGCUCAGCAGGCACAGGGAUGGAGAGACGUGCAGAAGGAAACCAGGCAAGGCUGUCCCUCAGGGACCAUUGGUGAGGAUGCCACUUGGCACUAACACCUGAAUAGUAAGUGCCCCCGGUGUCACCCCACUGCCAGUUAUUCCUCAGUUGUCUCGCCAAGUUAAGGUUCCAGGAAGGGGGACGUGACUGGGAAGCCGCAGGAAUGCGCUCAUUCUGCAGCUUCCGGAGCGUGGGGAGAGGUGGUCUGGCGUCUUUGGCUCCAGGAGGAGGCAGGACUCUGCGGAACACGCUCAGCAGAGGAUUUGCCCAAAAAGGAGGGGUGUCCAGAUGCUGGGUAACCACAGACAGUGAUGGAGUGUGCUACGCUGAGUCCCUUGGCUGGCUGGCCGGCUGAAGUACAUUCUUCCCGUGUCACACGGCAAAAAUCUUGGCCCACCUCGUGUGCUACAGCUGGCCCUGCGGCACGGCAGGCUUGUCCCUUCCUGACGGGAGAAGGGAGACAAUCGGAGCUGCUUCUUCAACUGCCUCAUCCAACUCCUAACCGAGGACACUCAGAGGUGCCUUCCUCCUCUGGUUUGUCAUGGUCCUCUCAGUGUAUUCUAGAACGUGUGCACGAAAGCUAACUGCCACAGCCGCCUCCAGUGCGGUCCACGGACCCGGGAGCCCAGAGUCCUCCCCCAGUGACGCUUCUGGCAGGAGCGGACUUCCUUUGUGUUCUCCAACCAAGACCACACACUGCAGCAGGACGGGGACAUGGGCAGAUGAGAGUGCAACCCGCCUGUUAGCCAGACAUUAAAGCUCUGCAGAGAUGCAGGCCGAUGCCACUCUUCCACUCACUGCUUUUGUUUUUGAAAGUUUGGUUUUUAAAUUUUAUAUAAAGUGAAUAUGUAAUGGAUUGUUUUUAAAUGAGGUAAUACAUUUUUAAAAGUUA